UAAGAUUGAUUUCAGUACACAAAUAUAUGAGCUUACAAAAGUUGUGUGACAGGUGAAAUCUACUGAUAAAGAAAAAUGUCACCGUGAUCCUGGUACUAAAGUAAACAGAAAAUAUCUAAGUCUUGGCUUUAAAGCAAUGUACCAAAUAAGUCUGUAGGAACGCGGUCAUGGUAGCACGCUGAUACACAAGUACUUUGUUACAUAAGACCAUGCUGAAGGAUAUAUUUAGUGAUACUUUGAUAACAUGUACUCCAGUCAUUUAAACUUUAAAGCUUACAGAAUGACAAGCCCAGCGACUGCCAAAAUACUAUUACCGACUCUGUUGACAUUGGUAACAAUCGGUGCACUACCUGUUACCGACACACCACUCAACUCUAGGCUCCUUCUUAAUCCUUCUCAGCUUCCUAAAGUAGAAGUAAUUCAUGAGUGGGUCUCUCUGGACUAUGACUGGCGCUUCAGCUGGGUCAAAGACUACUACACGGAGAGAGGAUGGUUCGAUGCUAAGCAGAAUCUGCUCUCCAGCAUUGACAUCUACAACGGUGACAUUUAUGUCACGGUGAUCAGACUGUCCGUCGCUGUGCCCUCAGGAUUGAACAAAGUGGUCAGCGUUCAGGGAAAACCCGUUCUCCAGCCGUUUCCUAGCUUCGGUAGAAAUGAGAUCGGCAUAUGCAGCAACUUGCAAUUUCCUUUCGCUUCCUUCACUGACCCCAACACUGGCUACAUGUACGUAGUGGAUGUAGGUAGAAUAGGGCGCAACCCAAACGCUCAAGCGCCUUGCCCGCCGAAACUCGUCGUUCUCGACCUUAACAACAAGGGCGCCCUACUCCGCAGCCAUAGCUUUCCGGAAGCGGUUGUGCCGAGACACACCAACAUGGUGAACGACCUUGUCCUGGAUUACGUGACCGUGAACUCCACGGAGGUCAAGUACGUGUACAUCACAGACACCGGAAACGCGCAGAUCAUCGUUUUCGAUGUACAGACCAACCAGACCUGGGCUUUCCGGGACGUCUCCAUGAAGACGGAUGCUGAUCGGGUGUUUAUGAUCAACGGAGUCAAUUACACUAUGGAUGUUCCCGUGGACGGGAUUGCUAUCGACCGCGAGUACAAUUUUGUGUAUUACAGUGCUGUGGGAAGUAGAAAGUUUUAUCAGAUUCCGACUUCCGUAUUGCGCAACAACAGCGGGGAUUUCGCCCCGGACUUGCGGCUUGUCGGGAACAAGGUGUCCAACUCUGAUGGCAUGGCGUCAGGCAAAACUAACAUUUAUUAUGGAGCUGGUGGACUGAAUGCAUUGUUCAGGUGGCCCAUCACCAAGGAUAUGGAAACGCAGGGAAGCACGGAAAGCAAUGUCACCAUGGCAACGCAAAGCCUCCUGGCCCAAGAUGAUAACCUCUUCCGCUGGGUGGACAGCAUGAAGCUGGACACUAACGGCUACUUGUGGUUUGUUUCUAACCGCGCUCCAGAGUACCUCAACGGAAAUAUGGAUUUCACUGGGGCCAAGGGAGCUAACUUUCGAAUAUGCCGUGUUUUUGUAGAUGAUCUCCCUUAUCUACUAAAAUCCUAAAAUAGAGACUGCCUAUACCUAACAAUUGGCAGAACCUCAAAUUAUGAUACCUAGUGUAAAUAUCUGUACAAGCUAAAUCUAUAUAUUAAUCAUAAAAACAAGAAAAACAUUAAAAAUAUUUUUUAAAGAAAAGCAAAACGUUUAUUAGGUGCAAUUGUAUCAAUUAGUUUGGAUCAGUCAUGUGAUUAAACGUGUAAUAAAUCUAGACUAACAAUAAUACAUUUGGGCGAUUAGAAAUAUUUGUACCAAUUAAUAUCUCAUGCUUUUAGUUUUCUCAA